UUCCCGGAACCGGGAGAUCCCGGGCUAUGAAUCGCAAGAGACAGCUCCUAGCGUCCGAGGCUUUCGGGGUGAAGCGGCGGCGGGAGCCGGGGCCCGCGAAAGCGGAUCCUCUGAGGGCGGGCGCAGGGUCGGCGCGCAAGGCUGUCCAGGAGCUCGUGCAGCUCUUCCCUAGGGCGCUGUUCGAGGACGCGCUGCCUCCCCUCGCGCUGAGGAGCCAAGUGUACAGUCUCGUGCCGGACAGGACGGUGGCUGACCUGCAGCUGAAGGAGCUUCAAGAGCGGGGAGAGAUCAGAAUCAUCCAGCUAGGCUUUGACUUGGAUGCCCACGGAAUUGUCUUCACAGAAGACUACAGGACCAGAGUCCUCAAGGCCUGUGAUGGCCGACCAUGUGCCGGGGCGGUGCAGAAGUUCCUGGCCUCCGUGCUCCCCGCCUGUGGGGACCUUAGUUUCCAGCAGGACCAGAUGACACAGACUUAUGGCUUCAGGGACUCGGAGAUCACGCACCUGGUGAAUGCUGGCGUCCUCACAGUCCGAGAUGCUGGGAGCUGGUGGCUGGCUGUGCCUGGAGCCGGGAGAUUCAUUAAGUGGUUUGUGAAAGGGCGCCAGGCUGUACUCAGCAUGGUGCGGAAGUCCAAGUACCGAGAGCUUCUCCUGUCGGAGCUCCUGGGCCGCAGGCCCCCUUCCGCUGUGCGGCUCGGCCUUGCCUACCACGUGCACGACCUCAUCGGGGCCCAGCUGGUGGACUGUGUCCCCACCACUUCUGGAACCCUCCUUCGCCUGCCGGACACGUGAGGAGCCAGCGCUUCAGCUCACUGAAUGCGGUUCCUGGGAGCCCUGCCCCAGGGUGGCCCAAAGGCCUUGCGUGAUGGGGCCGGGCCGUGCUGCUGGGAGCUUCGACCUGACCGGGCCGUGGGCCCUACAGCGCGGCGUUUCUGUGGGGCCAGAGCCGUGCCAAGGGGGCACUGAGGAAGCAAGCAGAGAAUUCCCCCUCCAUGUCAGGCUGGACUUGCCAAAUAAAGUGCCUGUGCUUCUU